UCGUUUGCUGGGGUACUUCUACUCAGAAGUGUUUAUAACUAUAGCAGAUAUUGUUUCGUCUAUAAAACUUUGUCCAAAUUAGAUUUUCUACCUCUCUUUGAACGUGAUGGCGGGGAACUUUUGGCAGAGUUCGCAUUACUUGCAGUGGGUCUUGGACAAGCAGGACCUGAUAAAGGAGCGUCAGAAGGACCUGAAGUUCUUGACGGAGGAGGAGUACUGGAAGUUGCAGAUUUUCUUCGCUAAUGUCAUUCAGGCCCUUGGGGAGCACCUGAAGCUCCGACAGCAGGUCAUCGCCACGGCAACCGUGUACUUCAAGCGCUUCUAUGCCAGGUACUCCCUGAAGAGCAUCGACCCUGUUCUCAUGGCCCCCACCUGUGUGUUCCUUGCAUCAAAAGUUGAGGAGUUUGGUGUGGUGUCCAACACCAGGCUCAUCUCAGCAGCCACCUCUGUGUUGAAAACACGCUUUUCCUAUGCCUUCCCCAAAGAGUUCCCUUACAGAAUGAACCAUAUACUCGAGUGUGAGUUCUACCUGCUGGAGCUGAUGGAUUGCUGUCUGAUUGUGUACCACCCUUACAGACCCCUGCUGCAGUAUGUUCAAGAUAUGGGGCAGGAGGACAUGUUACUACCUCUGGCCUGGAGGAUAGUGAACGACACGUACCGAACGGACCUCUGCCUGCUUUAUCCUCCCUUCAUGAUCGCGCUGGCCUGUCUGCACGUGGCGUGUGUGGUCCAGCAGAAGGACGCCAGGCAGUGGUUCGCUGAGCUGUCGGUGGACAUGGAGAAGAUCCUGGAAAUCAUUAGAGUCAUUUUGAAGCUUUACGACCAAUGGAAGAACUUUGACGACCGGAAGGAAAUGGCCGCCGUGCUCAACAAGAUGCCCAAACCUAAACCUCCACCCAACAGCGACAAUGACCAGAGUUCCAACGGCAACCAGAACAGUUCCUACAGCCAAUCAUAGAGUCAGUGCCAAUAAGCUACCCGAGAGACAUCCAAUCAGCAUCCCCUCUAUCUCUGUUCGUCCCUCCCCCUGUGUGUAUAUGGAGGGGGUGGGUGUCUGACACCCUCUCAGCCUAUCAGAGGAGCAGAAGCAGAGAAACAGACUCAUAUUGUGCCUGGCCUCAGAUGAUGAUGUGACCUUAUGGGGAGGG